CCCUAUAUAUAAAGGCAGAUGGUAACAAGUGGAGAGUGUAAGGGGAGGAGGAGGCCCAGAUGUUGGUAUGUGAGUGACAGGCAGGACAGUGGGACGGUGAAUACACAGACAGACACAACUUGCUGCACAUGAAGCUCCAGACACCGCCCUUGGGUGAAAACGCUGCCGCCCCGCUACCUCCCCCGCCCAGCGCUGCACUGGAAGGAGGAAGAGACCAGGCCCAGAGCGGGGCAUCAUGGAUCAGCGACUUGUCGGCGCUUUUGGAAACCUGAGCCUUGAUGAGCAAAACAGACAUUACAGGCACCAGCGGCGACCCCAAAACACUCAACACAAUCCUCCGCCGACUCCACAGCGCCCCCGCCCGGCCCCUCGCUCAUCAUCUCGAUUCACUAAACACUUGUACCUGCUGAGGGGACUCCCGGGCUCCGGCAAGACCAGCCUGGCCAGGAAACUGAAGCAGGAUUACCCAAGUGCCCUUGUGUUCAGCACCGACGACUACUUUCUCAUGGACGACGGCACUUACUUGUUUGAUCAUGAACUGCUGCCGGAAGCUCAUAAAUGGAACCAGAAAAGAGCACGCAAGGCAAUGAAAAGAGGGAAGACCCCCAUUAUAAUUGAUAAUACUAAUGUCCAGGCGUGGGAAAUGAAGCCUUAUGCAGUCAUGGCACUCGAGAAUCAAUAUCAAGUUCUAUUCCUGGAGCCGAGCACUCGCUGGAAGUUCAAUGUGGGGGAACUAACAAGAAGAAACAGCCAUGGCGUUCCUCGGGAAAAGAUUCAGAGGAUGAAAGAUGUCUAUGACCACAAUGUCACCUUUCAGACUGUUCUCCAUGCUGAAAAGCCAUAAGGAGUGCUGGGAAAACUGGAAGAUGGACUGUACCCAAAACCUUAAAAAACCUGGAAGUCUUUUUAAGCCGUCCCCUAAACACAUGAAAGAUGCAACAGUCGGGGAAUCAUUUCUGAAAACUGGGGGAACUUUUCAGUUCAGCCUUUCUUCUGAGCCACUGACUACAGGUGAUGUAAAGCAAAGAGACCACCCCCUAAAUCACCCAGUCAUUGGACUAUUCUUUAUACAGAUAUGCAGUGCACAAUACAACACAACUGCACACAUUCCACAUAUAGUAAAUAAAGUACCCCCUGUUGUAAAAUAUAAGGAUAUAAUACACAAAAGCUAUGAAUAUCUUGUAAAU